UUAUCAGUUACCUUUGACACUUGUGUUAACCUGUCAACUGUCAGGGUAUUAUAUUUAGAGACUGUACUUUGACCAAAGAAACUAAGUAUGAAUUAGCAGAUUUACGUUAUAGUUAUCGAAUUAUUUUAUUCCAAAAUAUUUUAACUACAAAACCAAAAAAUAUGGGUAAUAGAUCUAGCCUUCUCUUGCGUGAAGAAGAAAUCGCGCAAAUUCAAGAAGCUACUGGAUUUACACCAAACCAAAUUGAACGGUUAUAUAGUCGUUUCACAAGUCUUGAUCGUGGGGAUUGUGGAACACUUAGUAGAGAAGAUUUUCUUAGAAUCCCAGAAUUGGCAAUAAAUCCUCUUGGUGAUAGAAUUGUAAAUGCUUUUUUUGAAGAAAGUGGUAAUGACAGGGUGAAUUUCCUACAAUUUAUGCAAGUGCUGGCUCACUUCAGACCCAUUAAAAAAAAUAGCCCUAAUAGAUUAAACUCUAGGAAAGAGAAAUUGAAAUUUGCUUUCAAAAUGUACGAUUUGGAUAAUGAUGAUUCUAUAUCAAAAGAUGAACUGUUAGCUAUUUUGCACAUGAUGGUUGGUGCAAAUAUUAGUGAAGAACAAUUAACGAGUAUUGCAGAGAGGACUAUUAUGGAGGCUAAUGAAAAUGGUGAUGGAAUGAUUUCAUUUGAAGAGUUUUGUAAAGCACUAGAAAGGACAGAUGUAGAACAAAAAAUGUCUAUACGGUUCCUUAGUUAAUUUAUUUAAUUUCUUUUCCAAAUAAUGCACAAUUUACUGAUGUGUUGGACAAUGUAUGAAGAUUUAUUGUAAUUAAUGUUGAAUGUAUCAGUUAAUGUUUUCCUAUAUGUCUGUGUUUAUUUUACAUUGGAAGAAAAUUGAACAACGUUCAGUACCUAAUGGUGAAAGGAAAGAUAGCGAAUUUCAUCUCCUUUUAAAAUUGUUAUUAAAACAGCUGCAA